CACCGCGUCCGAGGAAACAGAGAACAUCUGUGUUGACAUGACGUGUGUUUUGGUCUCGAGAAGGAAUUCCUGAGAGCGACUUUGAGGACGACUGUUCCCUUUCUUGUGGGAGAAGAGGAAGGAGGGGAAGGGCACCAUGCCGUACAUAUCGUCAAGUGGUAACAUUGGGGGAGAUCAGGGAUGGAGUUUAUCCAGAAUUCCAGAUCUAUUCUGGGGGCUCGUCAACUUCAUAGUUCUUUUUUUUCAGACCUUAAUCAACCCAGACUUAACAAAGCGUGGUGAGGGCUACACAAGCAGUUAUGGUGCUCCUGGCAGAGGACCACCUCCAGGACCUCCAUCAAGAAGAAUAGGAAGGAUCCACCGAGGAGGCGGUGCUGCUCCCCCACCCAUGGGAGGUGGAGGAUGAGGCAGGUAAAUCCCUCAGUUGGGCUUUAUGCCAUGCCCACUGAGGGAGCCUGCAACUUGUAGUGAUCUUUGCUGUUGUUGCUUUGCACUCACAGGCUUCUGACAAGAAGUACAGAUGAAGCCCUGUAUUGUUUUGCUGUGCAGAACUUAGUACAGGUCGAAAUACAUAUUGGCAUUCACAGAAGAAAAUAAGUGCCAAGCUCCAUGCAAAUAUAGGUCUAAGUUCUCAGUAUUGUGAGUAACAGAGCAAUGUUUAUAUGACGUGACACUUGAAAACCAUUAACUUGGGCGGGUGUUGCUGAGGAACCAGCAUAGAUCACCACUCCAUGCCAAUAGAAAACUCGAGAGGAAUAAGAAUUUAUAUAUUACUUGUCUUGAUGUUCAUAUCAUGGUAUGCAUUACCUUCUUCACCUUCUUUUCAUUCUUAGUAAAUUGUUAUUAUAUAAGUUACACAGAGUAUUUAAGUAUUAUAUACUAAGCAUAGAUGUAUGUUUAUAUAAUUUGGACAAAUCCCACAGGUUCAGCACAUCACACCUGAAAUGUGUUUUGCACUUUUUGAAUGUGGUAGCUGUCAUAGAAAGUGGCAAUUGUGCUAAAGACAGGGAAGGAGCAGAACAGAUAGCAAAUUUUCACAUAUUUAAAUUUCUGAUUGUUUACUUUGAUUUUUCACCAUAGUAUUCUUUGGUGUUUUACAUGCUCUUCAGUUAUAGACGAAUCAUGAUAUAGAAAAUUCGUAUCGGCCUACUUUUUUCUUAUAUUUUAGAACUGCCGAACUUGAACAGUUUUUCAUACAUACGGCAUCACAAAAAAGCCUUCCAUUGUCAGGACAAUCUUGAAUAAACCAUUCUUGAUAAAA